AUAAACAAUCGCCUUGAAUUAUUAAUGCAAGCAUCUAAAAUUUUGACCGGAAAAAGAGAGAGAAAAAGGGUCUUAACUCUUAAGUCAGCGCAGGCCCACGUAAACCCAAUCUAAAGCAAACUAAACGAUGACGUUUAUGGUGCAAAAAGAUAGGAGGAAAAACCCCAAUAAAGAGUGAGCGACUGGGCAAAUGCUAGGGCUUCUGAGCCUGGUGGUGAGAACUGACCAGAUAUAUAGUUAGGGUUAUUUCUCUCUCUAGAAGGAGAAGAAGAGGAAGAGGAAGCAGAAUGGAGGGGAUAACAGAGGGAGUGAACAACUUGAACAUCACGGAUUCAUCAGCCUCCAACAACAAGAAGAACCGUAUCCAAGUCUCCAAUACCAAAAAACCCCUCUUCUUCUACGUUAAUCUCGCCAAGAGAUACAUGCAGCAAUUCAAUGAGGUGGAACUCUCUGCUCUUGGAAUGGCUAUUGCUACAGUUGUUACCAUUGCUGAAAUAUUGAAGAACAAUGGGCUGGCUGUCGAGAAAAAAAUUAUGACUUCUACCGUUGACAUGAGAGAGGAAUCAGGGGGACGGCCAGUUCAAAAAGCUAAAAUUGAAAUUCUACUGGGAAAGUCAGAGAAGUUCGAUGAAUUGAUGGCAGCUGCUGCUGAGGAAGUCCUAGAUAAUGAGGAGCAGAGCUAAGAUGAGAUGUUUUCUUAAUUUUAGCUUCUGUCACUUGAUUCUGGAUACCUUUAACAGUUCUUUUCUCGUUUGGCUGUUUGGAGUGAAGCUUACUCGCUGUGAUGAUAUUUUUAGGAAUUUUUGUAAAAUACAAUGGCCUCUUUGUUAUUCAAAA